AUGGCCCAAGCCGCUCCCCUCGUCGACGUCUCCCAACUCUUCUCCCUGACGGGCAAAACAGCAAUCGUAACAGGCGGAACAGGCGGUCUCGGGACAGCAAUGACCCUCGCCUUGGCGUCGUCCGGAGCGAACAUCGUCUCGAUCGAACUGCCCGAAGACCCGGGCCACCAGACCCUAUCCGAAGCAGUGAGAUCCGCAGGCGUCCAACUCCACCGCUAUACCUGCGACGUCAAAGACCCAAAGUCACUGCGUGCCACCUAUGCACAGAUCUGGAACGACGGCCACAGAGCCGAUAUCCUCCUGAAUUGUGCCGGGAUUCAACGUCGAGCCGAGGCGGAAGACUUCACAGACGAGCAGAUUGCAGAUGUCCUGGAUAUAAAUCUGAAAGCUACCGUAGUUUCUUGUCAGGAAUUCGCGAAGCCGAUCUUGAAGGAGGGCAGGGGCGGCAAGAUUAUCAAUGUUGCGAGCAUCAUCUCGUUUAUUGGGGGGAAGAAUAUCACGCCCUACGCGGCGAGCAAGGGUGGCGUAUUGCAGGUGACGAAGGCUUUCAGUAAUGAAUGGGCCGGGAGGGGCAUUCAGGUGAAUUGUAUUUGUCCUGGGUGAGUUGUUGUUGUCACGGGAACGACCAGAAUUCGUCGUGUUGCUGACGAAUUUUAUAAAGGUAUUUCCGCACUGCGUUGACGGAUCAGUACAUCACAGACCCAAAGUACAAGUCUUUCAAUGAUUAUGUGAUGAUGCGAACACCGGCGAAACGAUGGGGCGAGCCCGUGGACCUCUCCGGUGCGAUAAUUUUUCUAGCAAGCGCGGCGAGUGACUUUGUUAGCGGGGUGCCUGUGAUUGUUGAUGGAGGAUGGACGGGUAACUAA